AGCUUCAGGCCGAGGCACGGCGCCCCACCCCCUCGGAGCCGAGACCCCCGCGGGGCGCCGCCCAUUGGGCCAAGUCUUUGUCUGGUGAUGCUGGCACGCUCGCGGACGCUCCAGGCGGCCCUUGCGCGCUCGCGGCCGCGCGCGUCGGGUGGCGGCUUCGGCUCACCCCGCGACCACGAGCCUCUGUGGAUCGAGAACUGGAACAAGGACACCCGCCAGGGCAAGGAUGCCUUUGACUGGUUCUUCCGCGCCUUCAACGCCACGGGCAUCUACGAGGUGUUCCUGAAAAGCUCGCCGCGCUUCUACGGCUUCAUCGUCGGCGGGGGCAUGAUCGGAGGCUACUACUGGAGCCGCAUGUGGGACCACGCCUGGAACUACAUCAACCAGGGCAAGCUCUACGCGCACGUCCCGUACGUGUAUCCUGCGCCCGAGGAGGACUGAGCGGCGUUUCCUCCCCUCCGAGGAUACCCCCUCCUCCUCUAAGGUCCAACGUCUCCUUCUGCUCCUGCUGCUCCUCCUCCUCCCCUUGCCUCCUCCUCCUCCUCUUGCCGCCUCCUCCUCCUGAUGCCGAUGCACACGAAGACUCGGAGGCAUAAACUAUCUUUUCUGCUCGCAGCGUGCUCCGAUGCCCCAGAA